CCGCGCUCCUGUGAUUCGGCUAAAGAAAGAUAAACUCAUGUGAAGCGACUGAGAUACUGUUAUAAAGAUGGAGUUCAUUAAAGAGGAGAGUGAAGACGUGAAGAUUGAAGAAACAGUCACUGAGGAACAAACAGACCUGAUGGCGCUGAAAGAGGAGAGUCAAGACCUGAAUGAAAUGGAAGAGAAAAAUCAGUAUGAGAAAUAUCAUGACCUCAUGGCUGGAGAAAAAUCUUUUAGUUACUCACAGACUCAUAAAACAGAAACUACAAACCUUAAAGUCCAGAUGAGAGUUCACACUGGAGAGAGUCCUUUCAUCUGCCAACACUGUGGAAGGAGUUUCGAUCUAAAAGAAAGCCUUAAAAGUCACUUGAAAAUCCACACUGAAGGGAAUUUUUUCAUGUGUUCUCAAUGUGGAAAGAGUUUUACACAGAAAAAAACACUCAAUGUCCACAUGAGGAUUCAUACUGGAGAGAAGCCUUACUCCUGCAAUCUUUGUGAGAUGAGCUUCAGACGAGGAGAAAGUUUUAGGUCUCACAUGAGAGUUCACACUGGAGAGAGCCCUUUCACCUGCCAACAGUGUGGGAAUGGUUUUAAUCGAAAACAAAGUCUUAAAGUCCACUUAAAAAUCCAUGCUGGAGAGAAGCCGUUCAUAUGCUCUCAGUGUGGAAAGAGUUUUAGACAGAAAUCAACCCUUAAAUCCCACAUGAGGAUUCACACUGGAGAGAAGCCGUACUCCUGCAAACUGUGUGGGAAGAGCUUCUCAGUAAAAGGAAGUCUUAAAAUUCACAUGAGAAUUCACACUGGAGAGAAACCUUUCAUUUGCUCUCAGUGUGGAAAGAGUUUCAAACAGAAAAAAGAACUUGACGGCCACAUGAGAGUUCACACUGGAGAGAAACCUUUUGAUUGUGAUCAUUGUGGAAAGAGUUUCGGACAUAAAUCACACCUCAGUAAACACAUAAGGAUUCACACUGGAGAGAAGCCUUUUACUUGCCAAGAGUGUGGAAAGCGCUUCGCAGUUAAAGAAAACCUUAAGACUCACAUGAGAUUUCACACUGGAGAGAAACCUUACAACUGUCCUCAGUGUGGAAAGGGUUUCACAGUUAAAGGAAACCUUAAGACUCACAUCAGAGUUCACACUGGAGAGAAACCUUACAAGUGUGUUCAGUGUGAAAAGUGUUUCAAAAAUAACACAUGCCUGAAACGGCAUUUGCAAACGCAUUCUGAUAAUAAACUUCCGUUGUCCUCAGUUAGGGCUGUCGCGAUAACUGCAAUAUUGUAAUACCGCGCUAUUGACAAUCAAACCGCAGAGGAAAGAUAGCAACCGCAGAAACCGCGGUUUUUUAAUGAGGUUGUGUCCUUCUUGUUUUUUAUUUUAUUUUAUUUGCCACUGUGCAUUCAAUGUUAAAUAAAUUAAUGAUACAAUAUGGUUACGACUGUAAUUUUCUCGCGAGCCGUUGUAGCUUAAUGGUGCUUCGUUUGUUUUGAAUAGGCCAGCUGAAACGAUGGGAGGCGCUCGAUCUCAUCACAAAACCUAAUGUCACGUCGCCAGUUUGGGAACAUUUUGGCUUUCAACCCAAUGAAAAGGGCGAGCCAGCAAAUAUAGAUGAGGCGAUAUGCAAAAUGUGCUGCAAAAAGGUUCCUGUGACGCAGCAAUACAUCUAAUUUGAGGUCAUCGGGAAAUUCUGAAAUGCUUAACGGGAAAAACACUUAAUGUGGUUUAAUGUACUAAUUUACUACUCAUCUUUUGUUUUUGUUUUUUUUUGUACACCGUAUACUACUUUAUUAGUAUAAUGUUUGGUUUUUAUAAAUGACUGUCUUAAUACAUUAAGCCACAUUAAGCGUUUUCUUAUAACUGUUUUCUAUGGGAGGAAAAGGCUUAACGUGUUAUUAAACGAGUUGCAUUCAUA